AUUCUAUGUUUGGAAAAUUAAAAUUGUUAAAAAAAUAUUUAAAAAUUCAAUUGAGAAAAGAUAACAUGCAAACCAUUGAUUAAACAUUCGUUUAUUUGUUUCAGGUUCUUUAUUAUGAAAUGGAAACGUUUUGCAAACAAGCAGAUGAAAAGACAAAUAUUACACUGCAACAUUAUGUUGACAAAUAUGGGCGUAUUUACGGCAGUUAUACUUUAUGGUGCUACUUAACUGCUAUUGAACAUCCGAUAAAAAGUAUUAUUUAUUUACAUCAAUCAUUAGUCGGUUUACAAGUUUCUGCUGGAAUGUGUAUCGAUUGCAACAUUGCGAUUCUUUUAUUUUAUUCUGCCGCAAGAUUAGAAUUGUUAGCCCAAAAAUUCCGCAAUGUUAAAAAUGAGACUGAAUUAGAUGCAUGUAUUACUCUUCACGUUGAAAUAUUGAG